CGGCGGCGGCCCCGCCCCGCCCGUCCCGCCCCGCCGCGGGCCGGGCCGAGCGCUCGGGCCGGCUCGGGAUGCUCGGGCAGCGCCGCGGGCCGGGCGGGCGCGAUGGAGCCGCCUGACGGCUGGGACCCCUACGGGCGGCCGGCCCGGCGCACGCAGUGGCUGGUCAGCGCCCUCGCCUACCACUACGGGCUGGACCGCGGCGUGGAGAACGAGAUCGUCGUGCUGGCCACCGGCCUGGACCAGUACCUGCAGGAGAUCUUCCACCACCUGGACUGCGCCGGGGCGGGCCGCAUCCCCGGCGAGGAUUUCCGCACGCUGUGCCAGGUGCUGGGGCUGGAGGAGGCGGCGGACCCCGAGGAGUGCGCGGGGCUGUGGGACGGGCUCUCGGCCGAGCUCACCUUCCGCCAGUUCCACGCGCGGCUCUGCGGCCACUUCAGCACCCGCGCGGGCCCGCGGCUGCCGCUGGCCCGGGAGAGCGAACACAUCGAGACCCAGAUCCGCCUGCGCAGCCCCCGCCGCCGCCGCCGCGCCCGCCCCGCCGGCCGCGGGGCCGCGGGCAGCGCCGAGCGCGCCCCGCCGGGGCCCUGCUCCCGGGAGUGCUACGAGGAGAUCGUGGCGCUGGAGCAGGCCGAGGACCGCAUCGCCAAGCUGGAGGAGGAGAACGGCAGCCUGCGGGAGCUGGUGGAGGACAUGCGGGCCGCGCUGCAGAGCAGCGAUGCGCGGUGCCUGGCGCUGCAGGUGGGACUGCGGAAGAGCCAUGCCAGCCAUAGAGAAGAAGGAUCCUGCUUGGUAGGGAGUAAGAGACCAUUGACACCAAACCUCUCCCAGCCCAAGUGCCUCCAAAGCGUCCUGAAGGAAAUGGAGCUGAUCCGCAGCUCCAGGGAUGGGCAGAUUGAAGAAGCCAUCAGGUUCAACCAGGAGCUGGAGAAGGAGCUGAAGAGCUCUCAGGAAGCUCUGGUCAGCCUGGAAGACUGCAACCGGAACCUGAAGAGGGAGCAGGCAGAGAUGAGGAGGAAGGUGCAAGAGGCCAGACACGCUGUCCUGAACAGCCUUGGCAAAGUGAAGGAGCUGGAAGUGAGAGCUAACGAGGUGCCACAUCUGCAAAUAUACAUUCAGCAGCUGGAGUCACAACUGCAGCACUACAGGUCGGGAGGGGAGCGGUGCCAGCCUGGCCAGCAGAGCAGCCCCGAGCAGCAGCAGCAGCAGCAGCAGCAGCAGCAGCAGGGGGGAGCAGCCGUGCCCGUGGCACCACGGGAGCGCCGCUCGCCCGCCGGCAUUGCCGACCACGAGGAGCAGCUGUUCCGUGCCGUGGAGGGCCGCGCUGCCUCGGACGAGGAGGGCGAGCGGUGCCCGGGGGACCUCGGGAGCAGCGCCCCGGGCAGGCUGCCCUGCUGUGCCAAUGGAUGUGAUGAAAGGACGUGGAGAAAGCUGCUCUCCUACCUGGAGACCACCAGCAGUGAUGGGAAGGACCCUGAGGGGCUCUCGGGGAGAAUCUCCCCCCUCACAGAGCAGCCAGAACUCCAGGGCCACCAAGAGAAAAAACUGCAAACAAGCAUGGAAGAGAUGGAAGGGCCCUGGCUCGGGGAGCUGCAGCAGAAGGUGGAGGAGACAGAAGUGCUGAAGAUGGAGCUGCAGAUGCUGGAGACAGAGAGGGUUCGGCUGUCCCUGGUGGAGGAGAAGCUCCUGGAUGUCCUGCAGCUCCUCCAGCAGCUCCGAGACUUGAACAUAUCUAAGCGAGCCUUGGGGAAAAUCCUGCUGAGCACUUUGGAAUCCUGCCGUGACCCCCAGCCUGGCAAAGCCCAGCUGUUCGGAGUGCUGGACACCCUUCAGCAGGAGCUGGCAGCCUGUGAGCUGCUGCAGCAGCAGCCCCUGGAGCAGGCACAGAGCCCACGCUCCCUGGCCAACCCCCUGGUGAUCUCCUGCUGAGCCCAGGCAGCCCCAGGACAGGGCAGGGAGCAAGGAAGGAAGGAAGGAAGGAAGGAAGGAAGGAAGGACAUUUGUCCAGCUCAGCCACGCCUGGACUGGCCAGGAGUGACCCACGGGGAGAGCACCAGCCCUGGGCUGAGCACAGCCCUGCCUGGCCUGGAUUUACAGGCCUGGAAAAGGGGCAGUGGCACCAAACUGUGCCCACCACACCCACACAGAUUUACAGCCCUGGAAAAGUGGGACUGGACUAAACCAAACUGUGCCCACCACACCCACCUGGAUUUACAGCCCUGGAAAAGGGGCACUGGCACAAACUGUGCCCACCACACCCACCUGACCCAUGUGGAUUUACAGCCCUGGAAAAGGGCACUGGCACCAAACUGUGCCCACCACCCUCACCUGACCCACGUGAAUUUACAGCCCUGGAAAAGUGGCACUGGCACCAACCUGUGCCCACCACACCCACCUGGAUUUACAGCCCUGGAAAAGUGGGACUGGACUGGCACCAAACUGUGCCCACCACCUUCACCUGACCCACAUGAAUUUACAGCCCUGGAAAAGUGGCACUGGCACCAACCUGUGCCCACCACACCCACCUGGAUUUACAGCCCUGGAAAAGUGGGACUGGACUAAACCAAACAGUGCCCACCACCCUCACCUGACUCACAUGGAUUUACAGCCCUGGAAAAGGGCACUGGCACCAAACUGUGCCCACCACCCUCACCUGACCCACCUGGAUUUACAGCCCUGGAAAAGUGGGACUGGCACUAACUGUGUCCACCACACCAACCUGUCCCACAUGGAUUUACAGCCCUGGAAAAGUGGGACUGGCACCAAACUGUGCCCACCACACACCCACCUGACCCACCUGGAUUUACAGCCUUGGAAAGGGGGCACUGGCACAAAUUGUGCCCACCACCUUCACCUGACCCACGUGAAUUUACAGCCCUGGAAAAGGGGCACUGGCACCAAAUUGUGCCCACCACACCCACCCAGAUUUACAGCCCUGGGUUGCAGGGGCUGGGCACAGUUUGCAGCCUUUGUGGAAGCCCCAGUGCAAAGCCAAGGCAGCCUGUGUUAUCCCUGGAUUUGUUAUCCCUGGAUUUGUUAUCUCUUACCCUAAGAGUGACAAACUGAAUGAUAAACACACCCAGGAGUGUGUGCCAGCAGUGCAGGUUUUAAGGGCUCUGUGUUUCUCACUCAAUUAUUCACCUUACUUAACUCUGAAGCUAGAGUUUUUUAUUGCUCUGCUGAAUUUUAUAUUUGCAAUUAUAGAGAUGCCUUAGGAAUAUGCAGCAGCCUUUGCUGACAACAGACAGAUUUUACAUAAAAAGUUAAAUUUAAAUGCUUGAAGAAGGUCCAAAGCAAUUUUGUUCCCAGGCUCUCAGGGAAAGGAAGGGCUCAAAAAUUCACUUUACUGUUGUUCUGUGUUAGCAAACAACUCAUCCAGUGCACAAGUGAGUUCUUAAGUUUAAUUUCCCUCAAUGCAGCUGCAGAGACAAAAUCAGGCCCCACAUGCAGGCCAAUUAAUGUCAAUAGCUGGGCCUUAUCAUGGUGCCAUAGAAUGUUUUAAUUUUAAUCAAUAAAAUAAUUCUUGGGGCAAAAGUACAAAAAACCAGGUUUCUUCCAAGGUGUUUUUGCUGUGUCAUUCACCUGCCAAACAGAGGCAGAACUCCUAAAAGAGCCAGCUGAAUCUGUGUUAUUGAAAAGAUGCACUGUGGGUCUUUUAAGAAUGUGAAAUGAUUUGCCUGAGAUAAUGCCAGCGAUGAAAUAAGAUCAUUCAACUGCACGGGGAUGAAUUUUUCCCAGGAAAAUGGUUUCCAUACAGGAAUAAGGUCCACAGUGCAAGGUGGGGAAUGAGAUUUCCACUCCUUUCAAUGCAGAACACACUGUGUGGCUCACGCACAAAUCCAUUAAAAAUUGUGGCACAUUUCAGCCAAACUGGGAACAAAAAUUUGUAUUAUUUUCAUUUCAUUUAAAGGAAAAAAAAGGGAGGGUAUGCAAAUAAUGAAACAAACUCUGUUCAAUGGUGUUUUACCUCAUUUUUGGGGGGGGUUGUGGGGUUUUUUGUUUGUUUGAUGGGCUUUUUUGUAUUUUGGAGGGUUUUUUGGUGGUUUAGCAGAGAAGGAUUUUAAGAAUAGAUAUAUAAUGUCAAUGUACAUUUUUCUUAAAGAUACAUUAGACAGGACAUUUAUACAUAGAACAAUAUUCACCCUCUAAGGAAGAGAACUGUCCCUUAAUGCUAAAUAUAUUACUGACAAAAUACCAGAGCACAAUGUACUAUUCCUGGUGAUACA